GUCUGCAUGCCAGUUGCUUUCUGCGCCAUUUUCUACGAUCAUCUGGGUUCAAAUACAUAUAUCAUUUGCUUGCGCCUGGGGUGGGAUGGUAUUCACUUGUUGUAUCGAGGAAGCCUGUACCUGAAUGAUAUUUUGAGACUUGUUCCAUUUUUUUUUCAAAGCGUUCUUGCUGUAUCUGCGGUGUUUCUGUGCGCCAUGGCUGAGAGUGAAAAGAAACGGUAGUUUUAUGAAUCGUACUUUUGAGCUUGCUGGAAGAUGAGAUGAUUUAAAAGUGUUCCGUCCAACGCCGCCAUGAUCCAGACGAGCAUGCCGCCGCCGUCGACGCCGUUCCAGUACCACCCCGGCGGCGGCGCCGGCUCGGGCAACCCGCAGCCGCCGCACUUCCGCGGCUACACGCCGACAGUGUACAAUGGCAAGCCCACCAUGAAUCAGGAGGAGUAUGACGGCAAGCGACUCCGUAAGAGCUCCAUGCGCAAGACGGUCGACUACAACUGCUCCGUCAUGAAGUACAUCGAGGACCGGCUGUGUCUGCUGCGGCGCCGUGACCGGCCGGCGCUGCAGCCCGACGUGCUGUUCUACCCGGAGCUGCUGCCACCAGCCGGCUACCCGGACAACCCGAUCAACGCCGUCACCACGCGCUUCGUGCGCACGGCCACCAACAAGAUGCGCUGUCCGAUCUUCUGCCUGGGCUGGACGCCGGAGGGCCGCCGCCUCAUCACAGGCGCGUCGUCCGGCGAGUUCACGCUCUGGAACGGGCUCACGUUCAACUUCGAGACCAUCCUACAGGCGCACGACAGCCCCGUGCGGACCAUGGUGUGGUCUCGCAACGACCAGUGGAUGGUGACCGGAGACCACGGCGGCUAUGUCAAGUACUGGCAGAUGAACAUGAACAACGUCAAGAUGUUCCAGGCGCACAAGGACCCGCUGCGCGGAAUCAGUUUCAGUCCGUCCGACCACAAGCUGGCCACGUGCUCCGACGACGGCACCGUGCGCAUCUGGGACUUCAUCCGCUGUUACGAGGAGAAGGUGCUGCGAGGUCACGGCGCGGACGUGAAGUGCUGCGACUGGCACCCGCACAAGGGCCUGGUGGUCUCCGGCAGCAAGGACAACCAGCAGCCGGUGCGGCUGUGGGACCCCAAGUCGGGCCAGAGCCUCGCCACACUACACGCGCACAAGUCGACCGUGAUGGACCUCAAGUUCAACAGGAACGGCAACUGGCUGCUGACGGCUUCGCGGGACCACCUGAUCAAGCUGUUCGACAUCAGGAAUCUGGCGCAGGAGGUGCAGGUGUUCCGGGGCCACAAGAAGGAGGCGGCCAGUCUGGCCUGGCACCCGGUGCACGAGACGCUCUUCUCCAGCGGCGGCUCGGACGGCUCGCUCAUGUUCUGGAACGUGGGCUGCGAUAAGGAGGUGGGCUGCAUCGAGCAGGCGCACGACUCGCUCAUCUGGUCCAUGUCGUGGCACCCGCUGGGUCACGUGCUCGCCUCGGGCUCCAACGACCACACGACCAAGUUCUGGACGCGCAACCGGCCCGGCGACUCGAUGCAGGACAAGUACAACCUGAACAUCGCCGAAUCGACCGACGCGCCGACUGUGGUGAAGCCGACUGCGGACGACGCCGGCCAGCCAGCGGAGGAGGGCGCUGAGCCGGCCGACGCCGCCGACGCCGACGCGCCGCUGAUCCCGGGCAUGGGGCCGGACGACCGCGUGGAGCCGCCGGCGGGCCGGCCGGCCGGCGAGCGGCGGCCGGACGAGCCGCACGAGCCGGCCGACGGGCGCCGCUACAUGCCGCGGCGCCCGCACUGGCGCUUCGCCAACCACUGGAACGAGCGCUGGAACCCGGAGUGGGGCGAGGAGCGCGCCGGCUUUCGCGGCCGGGGCGGCUGGCGAGGCCGGGGCAGAGGUGCGUGGAGAGAGCGCGACAGGGAGGACUGGAAGGACGAGAAAGCCGGCGACAAGGCCGCGGAGGACGGCUGGAAGGGCAAAGGGCGCUGGCAGGACAGGGGCGGCGUCAGGGACGCCGCCAGCGACGACCGCAAGCCGGAGGACGAGCAGCGCGCACGCGACGUCGAACUGCGGCCAGGUGGGCGAAAGUGGUGA